ACACCUGAUAUGUCCUGAAAUAUUAAUAAUAAUGAUAAUAAAGCCAAAUGAAGACUGUAUAACGCGUGUUAUUUGAACACGUCAGGUCCGAGUACACACAUUCAUGCUUGUGGUGAGAGGAUUCAGUUGAUUAAAACCAUUUUUAAUCAUCCCAUUUCAUGAAUACUGACUCUGUUCUAACCCGCUGUAAAAAAAUGCAAGACACUCCAUGUGAUUAUUGUGAUUUAUAACAAACAUGAACAUGAAUUUAUCUGAAAACUUGUGAAGAGUGUUGUGUGUCAAGUGCCGAUCAGUUUCCUCCAGGGCAAUUUGACACCUGAGUCACCUGAGUGACCCAGUGGCUGGAUACUGUCACACACACACACACACACACACACUGAGAUCCCAGUCUGCCAGUUCACAGGAGACGAGGAUGACGUUCAUCGCUAAGACCUUCUACGACCUGAAGGCCACCAGGCUGGAGGGCGACGUGGUGGACUUCAACGUGUUCCGGGGACGCGUGGUCCUCAUCGAGAACGUGGCGUCUCUCUGAGGCACCACCACCCGGGACUUCAGCGAGCUCAACCAGCUGCAGAGCAAGUACCCACAUCGCCUUGUGGUCCUGGGUUUCCCCUGUAACCAGUUUGGAUUUCAGGAGAACUGCUCCAACGGCGAGAUCCUGAGUUCACUGCAGCACGUGCGUCCCGGCGGCGGCUUCAAGCCCAACUUCACCGUCUUCGAGAAGUGCGACGUCAACGGCGCAAACACACACCCGGUCUUCGCCUAUCUGAAAGACAAGCUCCCCUAUCCGGACGACGACCCCAACUCCCUCAUGCUGGACCCCAAAUUCCUGGUCUGGAGCCCCGUCUGCCGCACGGACGUGUCUUGGAACUUUGAGAAGUUUGUCAUCGGUCCAGAGGGCGAGCCGUUCAAAAGAUACAGCAGGAAGUUCCCCACCGUUGACAUUGAGCCUGACAUUCAAAGACUGUUAAGAUUAACUAAGACCUAGUUUCUUAGUAGAUUAUCAAUCAUGAAAGUCAGGUGCCGUCCUCCACACUUUUAAGUCUUAUUAAAUGAGGGUGAUAUUCUUAAAAAAAACACUGAGGGAAUAUUAUCUGAGGCCUUGUAAGUGCUUAACAGUAGUGGAUGCAUGGAUGUGUCAUAUUUUGUGGAAACAUGAUUAUCAGUGAAAGUGAAAGAGCAGUAUUUCCUGUAGCAUGCUUCGGUUCCUUGUCCUAUUCUGUGGCCUGUCCAGCAGAUGGUGCUACUGGAUCUGAUUACACAUUCAAACAAAUGUGUUACUAUGCAUUUGAAACAUUAAAA